AUGUCGCGCAUGUGGACUAGAUUACGUUCUGAAGGCUCUGUCCUCUACGUCUCUGGCGCCGCGAGCGUCAUUGACCAUCCCAGCUCGUACAUCCAUGUUUCGACACCUUUCGCGACGCCACACUUCCCAGCUUUUCCUGCCUUAUUUCCUGCCCGCGUAGCCAAGAUGAACCCCUUCACGCAAGGAGACUGGAGCGCAGGCUCAGGCAUCGCACCCUCCAUCUUCGGCGCACUUCCCUCCGCACCCAUUACGGCCUCAAAGACAGCGCAGUCCGAGAGCAUCGAGUUCAAGUUCACGGACUUUCGUACGACCAUUCUCAAUUGCACCGUCGUCGGCCCCCAGAACAGGGUGGUGUAUCGUGUCACGACCGACUCCGGGGCGGCCUCGGGAACGAUGUGGAAGGACAAUGAAUCCAGGAAUGUGGCCAUGGUCACCUGGCAGCCGAACCCUGCCAUUGAGAUGCGGGGCAUGACCGCCAAGCAGCGCGUUCGCGACUGGCUUCGCCUGUCAUCGGAUCAGAGCAAACGGGUCAUGACAAUUGGAGGCGUUCAAUAUGCUUGGUCUCCGAUAGACGGCUUCAUCUGUCUCUACAAGCUUCAAUCCCAGGCGCCAAGAGUGCUUGCUCGGAUUGCAAGAGGCAAAGACACCGUACUCCUCGAGAUGACACCGGAAGCCAUGCAACUUGGCCUUCUGGAGUCCUCGGUCGUUGCGACUGUUCUAUUCACCUGUGGACAGAGCAUUGACUAA